AUGUACAGAAGAGUCAUCAGUAAAAUUUCACCACCAGCUACAUUCAAGCAAGUUGUAGCUACUACAAAGAGCACUAUUGCUUUUUCAUCAAGUUUGAGAGGAUUCCAUAUUUCAUCAAUUUGUAAUAACGAAAAGAAACCACAAUUAUUUAAACAAUUUACCGAGUUGGAAAAGGUUUUGGAUGAAGAUAAAAGAAUGUUGGAGUUGCUUUCUUUCGGAACAUCUGUAGAGCCAUCAGAUUUGGCUAGACAUCCUGGAUAUUCAUAUGAUGUGAAAUUGUACAAGAUGGGAUGGGAUGCUGAUUUUAAUGAAAAGGAAUUUAUUGAAGGAGCCAAGGAAGCCUUUAAAACUAUUAGAGAAUUACUCGUUGAAGAUCCAACUCAACUCGAACCAAUGUUUACUCAAUCUGCUUAUGAAGGAUUCAAGGAAUGGUACAAAUUUAUUACCGAAGAAAAACAUUGUAAAAUAGUUGGCAGUCUUGAAAACCUUGGUGAAACUGAAAUUUUGAAUAUUAGAGUUGAUGCUGAUGGUGAAACUAUUAUCAAUGUUAGAGCUUUUGAUAAAUCAAAGGAACAAAUAGAAGAGGAACAAAAAGAAUACAUUGAAAAGAAUAAGGAAGAAUUCGAGAAGGCUAGAGAACAAACUCUGAAAAGAGAAAAGGAUUUGGAACACUUACAAGGAGUGAGACGAAAGUACCUCUUCCAAAGAAAACAACGUUACUAUGAAAGUUUGAAAGAGGAGGAAGAAAAGAAAGCUCAAUUGGAAAGGGAGAAGAAACAAGCUGAAUUAAAUUCAGGAGGUGUAAGUUUGAAGGAUAGAAUGAAAUCUUUGGGAAUCUCUCAACCAGCUCAGCAACAACCUCCAAAAAAGACACCUGUUGGAAGAAUUUCAAGUAGACUGGAUGAUGCUGGAAGAAGAGUUUCAGUUUUGGCACCAGUUCAACUUGGAAAAGCUCCACCUCAACAACCUAAAGAAACUCUGCCAACAAUAUUAGAAACUCCACAAGUUGAGGACGUUUUAGAGCUUGACGAAUUGCCAAUUCCUCCACAGGAAGAAGAAAUACCAAUCCCACCAGAAGAAGAAAUCAUUCAUGAAGAACAUCCAAUUAUUGAAGAGAAAUACCAAUCCCACCAGAAGAGGAGGAAAUUACACCAGUUGCAUUGGAUGAUGAAGAUAUACCAAUACCACCAGAAGACGAUGAAGAAUUGGGUGAUAUAG